CCUGCCACUACUGUGUACUCUCACACCCCAGUCACGGGUCUGAUAGAGCCCUACUAAUCAGUACGUACCUACAUAUCCAUUAAAAGCCAAAGUUACAUUCAAGAUUCAACAAGACAUCCGAUACCAAAUUCCAUCAUUGGUGUAUUACUUCCUCAUUUUCCUGAUGAUCACCAGGUUCUCAUCGGGAAAAAGUAACAAAAAAAAAAGAAAAGAAAAGAAAGCCCUACACAAGGUACUGAGUACGGGGGUAAAUAUAUACAAUAUCAAACUCUAACCAAAUCAAUCUCAACCUCAACAACCUCCACCCCUUCUUCUUCUUUCCCUUGGAGAACCAUCGGGGAAAGCAAAAAAGGAAAAUGGCUCUGGAUUUCAAACCCCGGCUCGCAACUGCCUCCGAUAAACUCACUAUUGCAACCUUGGUCAACAAAGCUUACACCCCCUACAUUGAACGGAUCGGCCGAAAACCCGGCCCCAUGCUUGAGGAUUAUGGGGCGCUGAUCGACGCCGGGCGAGUGUAUGUGGUGGAGAAGGAUGGGGUAAUGAGUGGGAUUCUGGUGCUGAUUCCGGAGGAGGGGACGAUGUUACUGGAUAAUGUGGCUGUUGCGCCGGCGGCCCAGGGGGUAGGGUUGGGGAAAAGGUUGAUGGGGUUUGCGGAGGAGACGGCGAGAGCGUGCGGGUUUGAACGCAUCAGAUUGUAUACGAAUGAGAAGAUGGUGGAGAAUCUGGGAAUUUACGAGAGAUUGGGGUAUGUGGAGACACAUCGGGGGUGGGAGAAUGGGCUGCGGAGAGUGUACAUGGUGAAGGUGUUGCAUUGAUUGAUAUGAUUCUUACUGAUCAGGUUUGAUGGCAAGCAUGCCAUACAUGCUCGACAGUUAUUUCCACGGUCAGAUUGACGGAAGCAAAUGUUCCGUCGGCUAUUAAGAGGGGGAAUCACGAAUACACCUUGAUUAGAGUGGAUCUGUAUAUUCAGUUACCUCCGAUAUACACAAACUACCUACGGGUGUAUCAAAGACAGCGAGCCGAGGGUACCUAGGUGGAGUGGCAUUAAUAUUGUUGUACAUUUCCAGAGUUGAGUAGAUGUGCUCAGAUGGGUCAAAGAUCCCGAUCGCUCAAAGUCAUAGCAUACUAGGAUUUUUCAUGCAGUCGUUAAACGCUCAGAUUCGCUAUGAUCCCAGAAACGCCUCGCCGAAUAACCGAAAAGGAAAAAAAAAGAAAAAAAGAAAAAGAAAAAGAAAAAGGAAAAAGGGGGAAAGGGAAUAGGGAAACCAAGGGGGACGAGUCCGCUAA